GAGGAAGGCUUGAAAACACACGCUCUUCAUAAUACUUUUCUCCCCACAUCCAACAGAGCAACGUGACAGAGAUACAAUAAGAUUGUGGUGCUCGUUUGAGACACAGUCACCGAGACAUUAAGAAGGAGCAGAGAGAGUGAAAAGCAGAAGAUUUGGCCAUGUCUGGACAGAGGAAGGGGGCAGCGGCACGCUUUAGAAAAUGCGCCUUCUGCAGAACCAACCGGGACAAGGAGUGUGGACCGCUACUGGUUUCAGAUAACCAGAAGGUGGCAGCCCAUCAUAAGUGCAUGCUUUUUUCCUCAGCCUUGGUGACCUCUCACACAGACAGCGAAAACAUUGGGGGAUUUUCCAUUGAAGAUGUGAAAAAAGAAAUAAAGAGAGGAAACAAACUGAUGUGUUCGUCCUGUCAUCGGCCCGGCGCCACCAUCGGCUGCGACGUGAAGACGUGUCGGCGGACGUACCAUUACUACUGCGCCCUGUGGGACAAAGCCCAGACCAAGGAGAACCCUUCCCAGGGCAUAUACCUCGUUUAUUGUCGCAAGCACCGGGAUGCCUCUCAAGAUGCCAGUGAUGAUGAACAAGGUGUAGCAGCCAAUGACUCAGACUCCUCUCCCCCGCGAAGCCGAGGACGGGGACGUUUUGAAAAGGGGCGAAUCAAAGGCGUGUCACGUGGCCAAUCAGACGACACCCGCUCCACCUCCUCACAGGGCAUGGACGACACGGAGAGUUCUUCACAUCGAGACAGGUCUCCUCUGAGGGGCAGCCCCAGCGAUUCGGGCUUACGCUGUGGUUUCUGUCACGCCGGCGAGGAAGAGAACGAGACACGAGGUGUGCUUCAUGUUGACAACGCUAAAAAGGUUGCAGCGCACUAUAAAUGCAUGCUCUUUUCCUCGGGAACCGUCCAGCUCACCACCACGUCACGAGCCGAAUUUGGAAACUUUGACGUUAAAACAGUCAUACAGGAAAUCAAGAGAGGAAAGAGAAUGAAAUGCACCCUGUGUUCCCAGCUUGGGGCCACCAUUGGGUGUGAGAUUAAGGCCUGUGUGAAGACCUAUCACUAUCACUGCGGCCUUCAGGACAAGGCCAAAUACAUAGAGAACAUGGCCAGGGGCAUCUACAAGCUUUACUGUAAGAACCACAGUGGGAAUGAGGAACGGGAUGAAGAGGAUGAGGAAAGGGAGAACCGUAGCAGACAGAGGGCCGCUCACGACCACAGUGGGACGGCUGCUCCACCCCAAGUCAACGGCAACUAGAUGAUCGAUGGAUGAUGGGCGGGGGGGGCGAAGGACGAAGCAAACUCGGAGGAUCAA